AUGCUCACCUCAGGGUUCACAAACACCCCACUCACAAAAGCUCUUCUCAUCUACACGAUCGGCUCUUCAGUCGCUCUCUCCAUCCUCGAUAUCAAAUACCUUGCGCCCAUCCAUGUCUCCCCGCACUUUUGGCCCUACGCGCAAUUCUGGCGCGCGCUGUUCUGGCACGGGGCUGGAUUUACCAAUUCUACGGAAGCUUUGUUCGCGGCUAUGCUUGUGUAUCAUUUGAGAGUGGUGGAGCGAGCGUGGGGGAAGAGGAAAAUGGCUACCUUCAUUCUCACAACGCUCCCUUAUACGACACUACUCCCGCCAAUUCUUCUUGCUCUUGUCGUUCGACCGCUUUCUCUCAAUUCGUUCAAUUAUCUUCCUUCGGGUCCGACUGCAAUGAUCUUUGCUUUGCUCGCGCAGUACUACGCCUCGAUCCCGCAUACGUUUCGAAUCCGUAUCGGCACCACUACAUCUUCCUCCUCCUCUUCCUCCCCAUCUUCUGCUACGGUGUCUGCUACAUCUCCGCGCACCACCACCACCUCUACGACCGACAAUGUCCCCGGGAUUUCAUCGCCCGAGUCCGAGCCCUUAACCACCACCACCAGCACCGCCAGCAACAACGCCGAAUCAAAACCCACCUCACCAAGUCUAACAAUUCUCCUCUCCGACAAAACAACCACAUACCUCGUUGCCGCACAACUCGCCCUCUCUCAAUUCCCAUUCAUGCUCCUCCCCUCCGCAAUAGGCUGGUUCAUCGGGAUGGCCUGGCGCGCGGAACUUCUCCCCGGUCUGUCCCCGGCCGCGCAUGGAUUCCGGAUCCCCGCUUGGAUGGUUGGAGAUCGAGACCGUCGAGCCGGAUCCGGAAUCGGGGUGCCGGGGGUUGGAGGUGGGCUUGAUGGUAGUGGGAGUGGGGCGAGUGAGAGGGAGCGGUUUGAGGAUAUGAGGAGGAGAUUGGAGGGGGAGGCUUCUGCUUCGGCGUCGGGGAUGGAUCAUGUGGGUGGGGAUCAGAGGAGGAGAGGAUAG